AGUUUGACGUUAAUCAAAAACAGUGAAAUAAAUUUCUCCUGCACGCUUGUUUGUCCUAAUUCUUGUUAAAUAAUACGGACAAUUUGUUGAAAUAUAUACAAAACAUGUGCUAUAGUUUGUUUAAAUAAAAGUGUUUUGGUGAUAAUGUGAUGUGUUCAUAGUGUUCGAAAUGGAGACAAAUGCAAAUCUGAAGGUAUCGUGUAUGGUGAACUAUCCAUACGACGCGUCAGAAUCUGACGAGCUGUCAGUGAGGCCUGGUGACGUCAUCCGUGACGUAGAACGGCUUCCCGGCGGCUGGUGGCGAGGUGAGCUACGUGGCCGCCGCGGAAUGUUCCCUGAUAACUUUGUGUCAGUCCUCGAACACGCCAGUGCAAGACCGACGGGCGUGCAGGGCCGAUGUCGGGCGGUGUUCAGCUACCAGCCAGCGAAUCCCGACGAACUUCCACUGUGCGUCGGUGACGUCCUCGAAGUACUUGGAGAGGUAGAGGAGGGUUGGUGGCAAGGCCGCCGUCAGGGUCGCGUGGGGGUGUUUCCCUCAAACUUCGUGGUAAUGCUGGACCCGCCGCAGCCAGCGCCGCCCUUCGAGCCGGCACCAGCGCUCCCGCCUAAACCUGUGAAGGAGCUAUGUCGGGUGUUAUUCCCGUAUCAGGCUGUAAAUGAGGAUGAACUGACGCUAUCGGAAGGUGACAUAGUGACCAUAGUGUCGAAGGAGGCGCCGGACCGCGGCUGGUGGCGCGGCGAACUCAACGGUCGAGUCGGACUGUUUCCUGACAACUUCGUGCAAUUGCUGCCUGCAGUAUCAAAUGAAUUGGAAGAGAAAAAGCCGGACCGACCGCCGGCGAAGACUACGAAUGCUGUCUACCCCAUCUUGAACAAAUACUCCGAGAAAACAGCCUCCGUCAAGGAACUCACCACUUCUAAAAUCAGCGUACACAAGGAAAACACAGUUAGUAAGGAGACGAGCACAAACAGUACUAUCACGCACACAAACAAGAGUGAAUCGGAAAAGAUUAUUCACAGCGAGACGGUCAAUGAUGGAUCUUUGGAACAGGUGAAGAAACCUCCAGUGCCAUUGAAAAAGAGCCCCACUCCUGCUUCAGGCGUCGGCAGUUUAUUCAGUGGGCUUAAGAAUAAAAUGCUAUCAUCUACUGAAAAAGAGAAAUCAUCAUCAACGACGGUAUCUAGUGGGAGCAGCAGUGGUGGCGAGUGGGACCGGCCGGACGGCGCCGCCGCCAGUCGCGCCAACAUUAACACUAAUACCAAUACUUUCGAUCACGUCGAGAGGAAUUCCUUGCUCAACGACCCUAGGGCUGGCAGAGUAAAAGCACCUCGGCGCCGGCCGCCCAGUCAAGCGCUUCGUGAAGACACGCCACAGCAAAUAGGACUGAGCAACGGACACGAAGUUCCAGCACCGGAAAAGCCACCAGAGAAAGCAGUGAGAACUGAACACCCAGUCCCAGACACUACAGAGGAGAUUAAGCCUCGCGCCCGUGAAUGGGAGAAACGUAAGGCGCCGUGGAUGGAAGAGCUUAAGUUAAACCAAGCUAAGAAGACCAGUUUCAUAGCAGACGGGAAGACCCGACUGUCGGGUCCUGAAAUCGGCGUCGCUAGUAAGGCGGGAAGUGGCAGCACAGACAGAAUCCUAGACUGUGGUCUAGAAGAAAAGAGAUCAACUCAUUCUAUGGAGAUGUCGAAGAGCACCUCGUCUAUUAGCAGUCGAAUGUCCAUAAUGGAGAGCUUCGAGGAGACAAAAGUACGUCAUUCGUUGGACUCGAAGAAGGACGCGACGCCAGCUCCCCGCGACAUGGAGUCCCACGCUGUGAAGCCCGUACAGUCACCCACCGCUGCAGGCCGAACAAUCAUGUCGAUGUUGGACGAGAUAAAGAAGCCGCCGGCGCCGCCCCCACCGACCACCGCUCCCCCCGCCGCCCCCACUGCCGCCCCGCCCCCGGCCCCCACCACGCAGCCCCCGCUCGCCACGUCACCGCCCCUCGCCGCCACCAUGCUCACUGCUAUCAUCCCAGACAAAUCACCCGCCAAACCAGACAAAUCGCCCGUCAUACCUGAGAAGCAACCAGAAAUAGCGGCCCUCACCAGACAAAUAAGUAAAACGAGCACUCUUGAGAGAAUAGAGAAGUCAGUAGAGAAAGUUCCCGCGACCAACGCUAGUGGGGACAAGCCCAGCGCGGGGACGCUGGAGAGGCGACUACAUUCCGUCAAGACGGAGAAGGUCGAAUCCAACGAUGCCUUGAUUGCGCAGCUCAAUAAUAGGAUAACAAACUUAGAAAAGCUCAUAGAAGUACAAAACACAGUUUUCAACACGGCCAUCGAGGAUUUGAAAGCCAAGCUGAGUCAAGAGAGUGAGAAGCGACAAGCUUUGCAGUCGGAGUUAGAGAAACUGGCUCACUGCGUGACGCAAGUGUAGCCCUCGCUGCGGCCGACGCCCGAGCACUGCGCCCGCGGCCGCGCCCUCACCAGGGAAUACUCCAGCUAUGUGCACUUCUAGUUACGGCAUGUUAGUGCUCUGUGUGCCGCCCGACGCGGUUUCGAUAAUGCGGAAAUAAUUCUUGAAACUGUGACUGCUAAGUUGUACACGCGUUUAUAAGUUAGUAGCUGCAUUUAAAAUUACACCAAGUACAAGUAGGUUGACGUAACUUAGCGAGACUGUAAACUCAAUUUCAAUACAUGUUAUUGUUCUUUCGUCACUUCAAUUUUAUUUUAUUUUUAUAAAAAAAGUACUAAAUUUCAGAAAGUUGAUAUUUAAAAUACUGGCCAUGGUGUUUGAAUUUUUUGUCUAAAGUUUCAAGAGAUUGUGACAGGGUUUAUUUCGAAACCGCGUUAACGGUGUUAUGGUGCAGUGUUUGUAGCUAGGCCUAAACGUGAGAGACUUUUGCUAUUCGUCGAGUGAUAGUUCGCGUGAAAGCUCAGGUUCAGUUCGCGACCGGCUAUAGUUUCAAAGACCUAUCGACUAGGCUGCUUUAUCUUCAGAUAGCGAUUUAUUUUUUGUAAGUCAUACUUGUAAGUUUACAACAUUCAAGAUGUAUUAUGUAUUAUUAUUUUACAAUGAUGUUUAUCAUUAACUUUAGCGAUGCUCCCAAGCUCGCUUAGUGAUUCAGGUACUUAUUUAGUCAGUUUUGUUAUUUCUCCCCAUUUAACGGUCACUAACAACAGUAGUAUUAUAUUAAGAGUAAUUUUUACAUCAUGUACAAUCAAGACCAGAAGAGGGUAACUACUUGUACCUUAAUUGUUCAAUAUUUGUAUAUUCUUUAUCAGUGCUGAAAUAAAAUUAUAUAUUAUUGCCUGUUUUGUUAUUUUCAUUGAUGUAUCGAUUUCAAGUUGUAGCUGAUUGCGUUGUUUAGAGUAUUUUUGUUAUUUUCAAUGUAAUUAAGUGCUUUAGUCUGAAGAGCGUAGAUAAUAGUAGCGUCAUGUACGUUAACAAAAUUUUGUGCCAUUUUAUUUGAUCGAUGCAUAUUAUGGUAAUAUAACGCAAAGUGUAUUUUUAUGUGUUAUACAAAAUAAUGUAACAUGUGAUGCAAGUAGAUUACGACAGCCUAAUAUUUUGUGAUUAACACAUUCCAUUUUGACUUGUAUAGUAAGAAUAAUGUACGUAAUAUUGAUUCGAUCUGCUAUAGGGCGCAUUGUAUUAACCAAAGCUUCAUUUGGAACGGCAUUAACACAAUAGAAUAUGUACACAUAUUAUAUUUAUCGAGAUCAAUAUUUUUAUGUAACAGUUAAUAUAUUUUUGUACUUGUACAGAGAUUAUUUACGUUUUAUUUAGACACCGAGUGUACCUUUUUGUAAGACAUAUCUCGAUACAUAUUUAUUUCUGAAUUAAUUAUAAAUCGAUUUUGUAAUAUUAUUGUAUUGAAAAUGAAUAAUAGGUACUAAUUUCAGAUGUAAUUAUUAUUUGAGAAAAAUUUAACCCAGGUUGUGUUUGGCCAUCCAUUGUAUACCUCGUCUUGGCAAUUAAUUUAUUCGAAAUAGAUAUAAUAAAAAUAAAAAUUGAAUCAUGGCAACUGAUUACUAUAGUUGUUUAUUAAUAAUAAUUGCUUAGUAUUAUUUUAGAAGAUGUAGUUUUAGGCUACUAUGUGAUAGACGAUGCCUAACUAACGGUAUGUUUUAAACUAACUUUGUAAAACAUUCAAUGGCUUUAAUAAUGCACAAAUUGAGUCACACAAGCAUUUUAUAGAUUUUUAUUUGAUUGGAUUAUUAAAUCAGACUUCCCCGAUUGUUGAAUAUAUUUAAAAAUAAUAAAGUCACUGUUGUAUCUAUAUUUAAAUGAAACUGAAAUUGCAAUUUUCCUUGCUUAUACGUUCCAACACCGCGAUAUAGUUGUUAUUGAAACUUUGAAAUUAAUGCCACGUAUUUUAAUAGUAAGCUUGAACUAUAGUCGUUCAGAAGCAGCUUUUGUGAAUAAAACGUGAGAUUCGUGUUGUAUUAUUUUUACGGGGUUGUACCUGAGAUUUUUAUAGACUGCAGAUGUAUAUUUACUAAACUUACGUAAGUAAUGAUCAUGUAGUCGAUACAAACGUGACAUUCGUUUUAAGCGUGGCGUCUUUGUCAUUGAGAUUAGCAUUGACGGAACUAAUAUCCAUUUGCAGAUUAAGAAAAAAUGCAUUUUUACGACAA